AUGGCAACCACAUCUCCCCUGAGUGGUGCUGCACCAGCUGACUCUGAUGCUGCACCUGGGGAGACCAUCACGACCACAUCUCCCCUGAGUGGUGCUGCUCCAGCUGACUCUGAUGCUGCACCUGAGGAGACCAUCACGACCACAUCUCCCCUGAGUGGUGCUGCUCCAGCUGACUCUGAUGCUGCACCUGGGGAGACCAUCACGACCACAUCUCCUCCCCUGAGUGGUACUGCUCCAGCUGACUCUGAUGCUGCACCUGAGGAGACCAUCACGACCACAGCUCCCCUGAGUGGUGCUGUUCCAGCUGACUCUGAUGCUGCACCUGGGGAGACCAUCACGACCACAUCUCCUCCCCUGAGUGGUGCUGCUCCAGCUGACUCUGAUGCUGCACCUGGGGAGACCAUCACGACCACAUCUCCUCCCCUGAGUGGUACUGCUCCAGCUGACUCUGAUGCUGCACCUGGGGAGACCAUCACGACCACAUCUCCUCCCCUGAGUGGUACUGCUCCAGCUGACUCUGAUGCUGCACCUGGGGAGACCAUCACGACCACAGCUCCCCUGAGUGGUACUGCUCCAGCUGACUCUGAUGCUGCACCUGAGGAGACCAUCACGACCACAUCUCCCCUGAGUGGUGCUGUUCCAGCUGACUCUGAUGCUGCACCUGGGGAGACCAUCACGACCACAUCUCCUUCCUUGAGUGGUGCUGCUCCAGCUGACUCUGAUGCUGCACCUGAGGAGACCAUCACGACCACAUCUCCCCUGAGUGGUGCUGCUCCAGCUGACUCUGAUGCUGCACCUGAGGAGACCAUCACGACCACAUCUCCCCUGAGUGGUACUGCUCCAGCUGACUCUGAUGAUGCACCUAAGGAGACCAUCACGACCACAUCUCCCAUGAGUGGUGCUGCACAGGAACUGAGUGAAAAAAUGGAUAAUAUUGGAAAAACUCCAGUUGAUUCUCGGUUCAAUUGGUCAUCGUCUCAAUGA